AUGCUGGAAUUGGCUGAAGAGGACGCCGAAGGCUAUGCUCGAUUCGGAGGUGUGCAGAUCCUUCAGAGAGCCUUUUACCUCAAUCUGGGAAUCCUAGGACUUGGAAUCCUAGGUGUCCUUGGACGCAGACGGGAGGAGACGAUGCUGCCGUCCAUGUCUCUCGGCAAAGCACGAGUGAUCGGAUGUUGUCGCUGUCGACCUCCAAAGAAGAAGUCUAGAAAGACCUGUUAUGACGCUAUGGUCCUGAUCUUGCUCAUCGGUGGGGCCGAAUGUGUCCAUGUCGGCAACCAUACCGAUCCUGAUGCUGUGCAUGCCACUUGCCCACGUUUUGUGAGAAAUUGCGAUCACAGUCUCGUCUUUCUCGAUAGUGGGGAUACAACUAAAUUUCGAAUCUACGAAGAGGAGUAUGCUCUGAGCUUGAUGCAAAAGAGUGCCCAGAUGGGCCUUUUCGCAUUACAAGCAAACCAGUCUCGUCAUGUUGAAAGUGAUGGAGCAAAGUGUCGAAUUGCGCAAACUUGGUUUGCUGGGGAAGAGGUCUGCGGCUCUAUGCCACGCAUGAUCUAUCUCCAGAAAGAUGGAAUGCAAGAACUCCAGCGGCCUCUCAACAUGCUCUGGCAGGAGUAUUGCAGCGAUGGGGCCUGUGAAUUUACGAUAGUCCGUCCAGACGAAACUCUCGCCGAUUUUGCGCUUUCGAUUCCUCAUUUCAUUGUGUGUCGCUCAAUCGACCUGUUCGACAGCAGAUUCUUGCCCAAUGGAGAGAUCACCAGGUCAGAGCACAAGCUGAACUGGUACCUGUACGAACCCGAGAGUCGUCGCUAUGGCUGGGAACAGCAAAUACCGGUCUCCUCUGGUAUGACGCUGACAUUUGUGGAGAGAGAUUUCCCGCAAGGGAUCUACCAGCCUCAGCAACAGCUGGAUGUGAAUGGGACCAGUGUAGGAGAACACUGCAACCUCUGUCAAUGCACCUAUACGACGAGACAGAUGGAGGAGGACAAGACCUGGAGGCUGGCUGCACAGCUGAAGACGCCCAAAUCCAAAGUGCUGGGAAACGAAUUAGCUGAUGCCAUGGCAAAAGAGGCUUUUGAGACACAGGAGUUUGCUGAUGCGCUGAAAGCACUGGGUGUCAGAAAUUCCAAGAAACCAGGCUUUGCUCAGCUCGACCUGCAAGUCGGGGGAGUGCCGGGCCAGGGCCUGACACAGCCGGUCCAGUCGCUGCGACUAAUGCAGAUGCAGGUAGUCAGCAUAAUUUUCCAUCGUCUUCGAGCGGCUGGACUACGACCAAACUUGCAGACAGGGAAAAGUGAGCUGCUGAUCGACGUUCGUGGUGCGGGAGCUUUAGAAAUACGCCGGGAAAUGCUGCGACAGAAUUAUAGCUUGCAGAUUACUGGCGGCGAGGCUCCUGAGACAAUUCAGAUGGUGGGCUCCUAUAAGCACUUGGGGACAUGGAUACAAGCUGGAGGAGGGGUUGCCAAAGAUGUAGGAGUCAAGUUUGGAAUUGCACAUGACACUAUGACAAAAUACAAAUCGCAAAUUUUUGCGAACCGUGCUAUGGCCCUAUGUCGAAAGAGACAGUUCUUCGACAGCUUGAUCAUGAGUGCUCUGCUCUACAACACGGCUGUCUGGGUGCCCCGUAAUAAGCGCCAGACCAUGCAAAUUGAAGCAGGGUUUACCAAGCUUUACAAGCGAUUGGCCCUUUACCAUUGGGGAAAACAAGCCUUGACAUGGAGUAGCCACUGGACACUCUACAAGAUGCGGCUCCCGAGUUCUACGACUGUCCUGACAGUAGCGAGACUCCGCUAUUUAGGGCAACUUGUCCGGACAGGGCAACCGAUCCUAUGGGCUCUUCUGCAAAGAGAUGGCGAGUGGCACGAUCGAACCAACCAAGAUCUUGCAUAUCUCAUGGAGUAUUGCCCGGAGGCAGAUCUCCCACUGCCGAUACAGCAGCAUUGGGACGUGCUACAUGACUUGCUGGUCAAGAGCCCUGGAUAUUGGCGACGGUUGAUGAGGACUUUGGUGGCAAGAAGUAUCUCAGUUCAGACAAUUGAUGCUGAAUGGAAGCACUGGCAUCAAGAGAUCCGGACAGAAUUGAUUGUCCAUGGCAAAGCCAAUCGGGCACGUGCUUUCGUCACAGGACGACAAUGUGAAGCAUGUCUCAAGAUCUAUGAGCCAGUUGAAGGAGAGACAGUCCCUGAUGAGGAGUUUGAAGCCUUCUUUCAGCGACAGGCCUGGCUCAUGACAGCGAUCAAGAUGCCCAGAAUCCUGGCCUCCCUUAUGAGCGAGUCCCAGCCGCAUGCGGAGUUCCUAGAAGAGCAGCCAAAAUGGUUCAUGGAAGCGGUGGCCUUGCUGACUGCAAAGUACGACGCAAAUGCCACUAUGGGACCGGACUACUGUGCGGCGGACUCCAAGGGGGUGGAUUGUGUUGCCAAAGGAUGGCAGCCCUUGCCACGCCUGACGCACGUGGACCGGGAGAUCUUUCAUCACUUUGCCACCGCGCGGAGACCCUUCGUGUUGGAGCCUUCCGUGGUGGAGUCCUUUGGUUGGCCCCUGGACCGUUGGAGCCAGCUCCGCUAUUUCGAGCAACAUCCCCAGGUCCAAGCCAUGGAGCAGCUCUUCAACAGCUCCGAGGGCUUCCGGCCCAUCGCCGUGCGCUGCUCGCCGCGCGCAGGCGAUGACCACAGCGGCCUUUCGUGCCCGAUGACGCCAUUGGAGGCGCUGCAAACCUUGCGGAGGCGCGAGGAGCUGGGGCCUUUGUCCGAUGAUGGUUUGGCCUUGUACGUGGGCGCAUGGGAGUAUGAUGCGGACGACUGCGGGCUGCCGGCCCAGGAGGGGCUCACGGCUGAGCUACAGGAGGUGCCCUUUGCUGACUGCGUCCUGAAAAGCCAAUUGGGAUCGGAGCAUGAGCUGUGCCGCAGCCUCCGUUGGAUCUACAUCGGUGAGCCAGGCUCGGGCACCUGUGCCCACCUCGAUCCGAUUGGCAGCCACGGCUGGAUGUGGCUGACCAAGGGUCAAAAACUUUGGCGCCUGCUGCGCUGGCAGGCCGAGACCCCGCACGGAUGCGAAGCGGUGCCCGCUGGAGUGCCGGAGGACCUGUUCUCCACCACCGGCUGCGAGCGACUGGCUGGAUGGCUUUCCGGUGCGACUCACGAGGCUUGGGGUGGAUUGCUUUCUGCGGGCGAGCUGAUCUUCAUUCCCGCAGGUACCCUGCAUGCAGUGAAGAAUGUGGCGCAGGAGGUGAGCAUCGCUGUGUCCCACAACUUUAUGGACGACACAUGCAUGGAGUCCGUGCUGCAUUGCCUAAGACAGGCGCUGCAGAUGUGGGCGGACGAGCUCGAAUCCAGGUGUGAAACUCACGCGACGUGCGUUGCGCGCGAAACGGCCGCGGAGACGAGACGACGGGAGCGGCCGAGGCGGAGCCCCACGGAGCCAACCGGCUUCGUGAAGUCCGUGGGACGCCUCGAGGAGCAUGAGGUCCUCAUGCAGGAGUUUGUGCAUGCGCAUCUCAUGACGAUCUUGCAGCCUUUCAGCGAGCAGCUGCAAACCCUUCAAGAGGAGCUACAGCAGCUCGCUGUGCAGAUUCCUCCGGUGGCCCAAGAGGUGGUUCAGAACCGUGAGAAGAUUGCGCAGUUGGCCACCACCGUGCCGCCAUUGGAACAGGCGGAUGUGGCUCUCGCACAGAAGAUCGAAGAAGUGCGUUUGGAGGUGAGGGCAAUCGUCCCAAAGCACGAGAAGUUAGCCGCAGAUCAUGAGGAGCUCAAAGGCCAUUUGAUGGAAGCGGAUGGUCGUUUGCUGCGCACCUCCGAGCAGAUCGAGGCAUUGAUGGGCGGUCAGGACGGCGUGAUGGCACAGCUCCAACGCCUCCACGAGGGCCUGUCAGAGGUGGAGAAGCAUGUGAGCACCGUGGUGGAGAGUAGGCUCAACUACUUGCACACCUUUUGCAAAGACCUGCGCGGCGAGCAAACCACUCAAUUGGAGACGAUCAGCCAAUUGGAUGAGAACUGCUGUAAGAACGGCGACGCGAUCAAGCAAGUCCGGAUGAGAGUCUCCGCUCGGCAGGCAGAGGAUGACGAGAAGUUUGCUUGCCUCUCACAGCACGCCAAAGGCUUCGAGGCCAAGUUGAGCCAGUUCCUGCCGGAGGUGAAAACCAACGAGGAUGCCAUCAAGCAGCACGACAAGGAGCUGCAACGUUUGAUGGGCGACAUCCAAAAGCUUCGCUCCAUGCAACAGCUGUAUGCGGAGUAUUCGGAGAUUUUCAUCUCCGUGCGGGAGAACACCCGACGUGUCGCCAAGGUCGAGGACACCGUGCAGGUGCUGUCGGCGCGGAACCCUGUGGAGGUGCAUCACUUCCAGGAGACCAUCCAACGCCUGCAAAAUCAAAUGGACGAGAACGAGACUCGCCUACAGUCUGUGGAUCGGAGCCAGCUUGGCCUAUCGGGCCGCAUCGAACAAGUGGCUCGUAGCAUCGAACCUUUCGAGCCCGAGAUCAAAAGCCUGGAGCGCCGCUGUGGCAUGAUCGAUGCCGAAGUCCAGGGCCUCGCCUUAUGGCAGCAUGGAAGCACUGAGAAGUUUGAGGAACACUCGCUGAAGUUCCAACAGCAAAAAUCGGAUCUUCAAAAGUUGCAAGCAGAGAUUGAUGCUCGAGGCGGCUACCUGGAAGAAAUCCAAAGCGAGCUGGCCACACAGCAGCGCAAGAUCGUGCGCAUCGAUGGGAAUGUGGACGUGAUGCAGAAGUACUUCACCGGACUUGGUAAAGGCUUACAGGACACCACGCGCAGCGUUUCGGCGCGGGACAUGGCAACGCCACGGGCCACGCCUCCGCGUCCUCAGUCUGCGACGACCCCUGCGACAGGCCUGCCGACGCUCUGUGGCUCGGGAUCGCCGAGGCGCCGCCCCUGGAGUUCCAAGGAGGUUCGCACUCGCGGUGAUUUGGCGGAAUGCUGA